AUGGCUUUUGUCCAAAAUUAUGGCUUCCCAUUCUAUUCUCCACCACCACCACUCCCUUCACAUUCUCCCUUCCUUACUCCACCACCCUACCACCCUAGCAUUCAGCCACCACCACCACAAAGUCAUCCUACUUUGCCGCCACCACCAAACCAUCCCCUUCUUCCACCACCAAGUCGUGUUCCACCGCCACCAAGCCAUCCCCUUCUUCCACCACAAUCCCCACCAAGUCGCGUUCCUCCAUCACCACCACAUCAUCUCCGUCCACCUCCUCCGCCGCACCACUUCAUUCCACCACCGCCUUCAUUUCCACCACCUUCUCCAGGACAUCAUACCAUCAUCAUAGUGGUCUUCGUCUCCUUAGGUGGUCUUUUCCUACUCGGGUGUAUCUCCUUUGCACUCUGUUGCUUUCUCAAGAAGAGGAAGAAGAAACAAAUUCACGAGACCGACAUUGUGAGAGUUGACGAACACUUCAAGAUUCAAGAAGUUGUAGUACCAGGUCCACAUGGUACACAGAACGUAAUACUAAAUAUUGAUGAAGACAUACAUGUUGAAGAAGAGAUCAACAAGAAUGAGCUGAUACUUAACAAAGGGUCUCAUCAUGAUCAUGCUAUUACUUCCGAAUCCCCUCAAUCGAAGAAGGCGGUUGAAAUAGCCAAAGCAGCAGCUUCUGAUACAAUCCAGCAUUAUCAUGAUCACCAAAAGAGUUGA